UGUCUUACGCAGGCGUCUGUGUUACCUCCCACCCCCGUCCUGAUUUUUCACACUUGCUAUCUGGUCACCCCAGCAAGGUGUCACAUGGGCAGGCCCACACCAGGGCAGGCAGGGGGCACCAGCUGCCCCCUUCGUGCAGGAGCCAGCCUGCGCGCGCCCUAGGCUCACGAGAUGGGGCGGGAGGAGGCUCUGCCGAGCUCGGCCCUGUAUGGGCGCAGCGAGGGGAGGAGGAUAGAAGGGUCAUACUAUUGAACAGCCCUUCUCAGCAACCAAUCAGCACCUAGGAGCCCACGCUGCCUUCUGAAGGUAGCCAACCAAAGCCUAGAACUACACGCAGGCGCCUGAAGGACAUCUUCGCCAGCCAAUCAUGUUCCAGGACUAGAAAACAGCGGCCCGGAGUUGCUGUUCUAGGGCCAAUCAGCGCGAAGCUGUGAAAGAUUCGCUUUCCCCAGCCAAUCCGUUGUUCAGGGUCGCCCUGCGCUCCUGGAGCGCCUCGGGCGCCCCAGCCAAUCAGCUCCCCGGUAGCGUCUGCGUCACCUCCGCCGCCGAGAAGAUGGCCCAGAGGCUCGCGCUGAGGAGGUUUCUAUCCAUCUCCCCCAAAAAGCUCUCUGUGCUUCCUGUGUCGAUCCUCUCCAAGGUGUCAGCAGCACCAUGCUACCCUAGAUCACUUGUCCCUCUUACCCAGAUUACUGUGCCUGCUUCCAUUAGGACAUUUUCUACCACACCUGUCUGCAGGGCCACUUUUAACAUCCAGGAUGGGUCUGACUUCCAGGACAGAGUUGUGAACAGCCAGAAGCCGGUGGUGGUAGAUUUUCAUGCACAGUGGUGUGGCCCCUGCAAGAUCCUGGGCCCCAGGUUAGAGAAGAUGGUGGCCAAGCAGCAGGGGAAGGUGCUGAUGGCAAAAGUGGACAUUGAUGAUCACACAGACCUGGCCAUUGAAUAUGAGGUCUCAGCUGUGCCGACUGUACUGGCUAUGAAGAAUGGAGACGUUGUGGAUAAGUUUGUGGGGAUAAAGGAUGAGGAUCAGCUUGAGGCCUUCCUUAAGAAACUCAUUGGAGCCUGAACAAGAGAAGCCUGCACCCAGGCCUCUGGAUUUGGUCAUGUUGCAAGUUCUCUUGCCAGGGGAGGCGUGAAGCAAAACUGAACUGACUUGUAGAAUCUGUGCCCUUUUUUCUGUGUAGGUGUGGCCCAUCUUCUCCUCUGGAGCAGCAGUAGUCCUGAACAAUUCUGAGGGAUGGUGAGAAGUAAGGCCGCUCAUCCUCAAAGUGGGUGGGAGAAGCUGGAAUUGGGCUUCCGUCUGUCAGCAAAGAACUGGCAGUGGGGAAAGCGGGACAGCUGCUGAAUUAGAGUUGUGUUUAUCAGUGUCUGUACUAUCCAGACCCAGAGCAGUGGGUGGUUGCUCUCUGCAGGAUGUGGACACAUAUUUGCUCUGGGUGGGUUUGUUAAAAUCAGGGAUUGCUCUGCUUCAUCCAUGAUACCUGCAUCCUUGUCCUCAUGUUGCUGGAACAAGUAUGAAUCCUCUGUGGCUCCUUGAGCCUAUGCCACACUCUCCCCUGCUGCUGAUUUAUGAAGAGAAACAUUUUUUGGGGGGCGGGGGGGAGUUUGUAGGUCUGUAAUAAAGAGAACUUUAUUAAUCA